UGUUUGUGUUGAGGGGCAGAGGAGGACAUUCAGGAAGGUCUCCAGCAGGAAACUUCUCACCACCACCAUCAUCAUGUCUGAUAAAGGUCGGGUGUAUCAGGGUGUGAGGGUGAAGACUACAGUCAAAGAACUCCUGCAGAGGCACAGAGCUCGAGAGGCCAACCGUAAAAAAGUCAAAACGAUAUCUCAAGCUUGUUUGGAGCUUCAGGCUCUUUGUGCGUCAACUCUUCCAAAUGUUGCUCUAGAGGCUCCCCCAGUGAACCCCCCCGUGGACCCCGGCCCUCGCAGCGCUGCAGCCCACUUGCUGCGCCCCGCCUCCGAUAUCCAGGAGCGUCAGAGCAGCUUCUGGUGCAACCAGCAGCCUUUUGGAGACACGACGAACAACUACAACAAUACCUACAACAACAACUACUACUACAACACCGACACGUGCCUGCCUGCUUUGCCGCCAUGGAGCCUCCCCGCUGAGAAUGACGACUUUGUGAUGGCUCUUUGCUCCUCACCGGAGUCACUGAAGCUCUGCAGCCCCGCGGAUUCUUUCUCCUCCUCUCCCUCUUCCUCCUGCUACGACUCUCCUCCCAGGAUGGAGAGCAGCUUCAGCGGCUUCACGUCAGAAGAUUGCUCCUGCCUGCCCCCCCAGGAGAGCUUCUGUGCUCCUCAGUGCUCCUCUUACUACACACAGUACACAGACUUUUACUCCUUCCCGACGGAGGAGAAUUGCUACAAGAUGAGCACCGACAUGUGUUACAAUGUCCUAUGAUGCAUGAAUGAAUGAAUGAAUGAAUUUGUUUUUUUUAUACUCAGAUUUAUUUUCGUACACACGUGUCUUUCUUAAUAAAAAGAAGCAAACACAUUUUGGCUCUGUUACUUUACAAAAACAAGCUUUUUUUCUUUUUGUUUUUAAAGGAAAAUGAAUGAAAUGCAAUAAUCACACACACUGCAUGCUACCACAUCAGUACUUCAAAGUAAAUUAAGUACAUUAUUCGUGUAACUAUACUAUUUUCUGAUUCAUUCGUUACAUUAGUAUUGUUAAAUAUGCUAUUUCAUCAUUCAUUAAUUA